UCUAUCUCUCUCACAGUAUCUAUAUAUACGCACACAAACCCAGAUUCAGUUUCUCAUCAGUAUCAUCAACAAAAAUAUCAAAGAUUCUGCUUUAGAAACUGUCCAUGGAUGCUAAUGGAGGACCUGUACAGAUCCGGACCCAAAACUACGUCAAGCUUGGUUAUCACUAUCUGAUCACUCACUUUUUUAAACUCAUGUUCCUCCCUCUAAUGGCUGUUUUGUUCAUGAAUGUCUCAUUGUUAAGCCUAAACCAUCUUCAGCUCUAUUACAAUUCCACCGGAUUCAUCUUCGUCAUUACUCUCGCCAUUGUCGGAUCCAUUGUCUUCUUCAUGUCUCGACCUAGAUCCAUCUACCUUCUAGAUUACUCUUGCUACCUCCCGCCUUCGAGUCAAAAAGUUAGCUACCAGAAAUUCAUGAACAACUCUAGUUUGAUUCAAGAUUUCAGCGAAACUUCUCUUGAGUUCCAGAGGAAGAUCUUGAUUCGCUCUGGUCUCGGUGAAGAGACUUAUUUACCGGAUUCUAUUCACUCUAUCCCUCCGCGUCCUACUAUGGCUGCAGCGCGUGAAGAAGCGGAGCAGGUAAUCUUCGGUGCACUCGACAAUCUUUUCGAGAAUACAAAAAUCAAUCCUAGGGAGAUUGGUGUUCUUGUUGUGAAUUGUAGUUUGUUUAACCCUACGCCUUCUUUAUCCGCCAUGAUUGUUAACAAGUAUAAGCUUAGAGGAAACAUUAAGAGCUUUAACCUUGGAGGAAUGGGAUGUAGUGCUGGUGUUAUCGCGGUAGAUCUAGCUAGUGAUAUGUUACAAAUCCAUAGGAACACUUUUGCUCUUGUGGUUAGUACUGAGAACAUCACUCAGAAUUGGUAUUUUGGUAACAAGAAAGCAAUGUUGAUCCCUAAUUGCUUGUUUAGAGUUGGUGGUUCCGCGGUUCUGCUUUCGAACAAGCCUUUGGAUCGAAAACGAUCCAAGUAUAAGCUUGUUCAUACGGUCAGGACUCAUAAAGGAUCUGAUGAGAACGCAUUCAAUUGUGUGUAUCAAGAACAAGAUGAGUGUUUGAAAACCGGAGUUUCUUUGUCUAAAGAUCUUAUGGCUAUAGCUGGAGAAGCUUUAAAGACGAAUAUCACUUCUUUGGGUCCUCUGGUUCUUCCUAUAAGCGAGCAGAUUCUGUUCUUUGCGACUUUUGUUGCUAAGAGAUUGUUCAAUGACAAGAAGAAGAAGCCUUACAUACCGGAUUUCAAGCUUGCUUUAGAUCAUUUCUGUAUUCACGCGGGAGGUAGAGCCGUGAUUGAUGAGCUAGAGAAGAGUUUAAAGCUUUCUCCAAAACAUGUUGAGGCGUCUAGAAUGACUUUGCAUAGAUUUGGAAACACUUCCUCUAGCUCUAUAUGGUAUGAAUUGGCUUACACGGAAGCUAAAGGAAGAAUGAGGAAAGGAAACAGAGUUUGGCAGAUUGCUUUUGGUAGCGGGUUUAAGUGUAACAGCGCGGUUUGGGUGGCUCUUCGCAAUGUCGAGCCCUCGGUUAACAAUCCUUGGGAACAUUGCAUCCAUAGAUAUCCGGUUAAGAUCGAUCUUUGAACUCAUAAAAACUAGUAGAUUGGUUGGUUGGUUUCCAUGUACCAGAAGGCUUACCCUAUUAGUUGAAAGUUGAAACUUUGUUCCCUACUCAAUUCCUAGUUGUGUAAAUGUAUGUAUAUGUAAUGUGUAUAAAACGUAGUACUUAAAUGACUAGGAGUGGUUCUUGAGACCGAUGAGAGAUGGGAGCAGAACUAAAGAUGAUGACAUAAUUAAGAACGAAUUUGAAAGGCUCUUAGGUUUGAAUCCUAUUCGAGAAUGUUUUUGUCAAAGAUAGUGGCGAUUUUGAACCAAAGAAAACAUUUAAAAAAUCAGUAUCCGGUUACGUUCAUGCAAAUAGAAAGUGGUCUAGGAUCUGAUUGUAAUUUUAGACUUAAAGAGUCUCUUAAGAUUCAAUCCUGGCUGUGUACAAAACUACAAAUAAUAUAUUUUAGACUAUUUGGCCUUAACUAAACUUCCACUCAUUAUUUACUGAGGUUAGAGAAUAGACUUGCGAAUAAACACAU